CCGGCCGCCCGGGAGGCGGGGCGGCGGGGAGGCGGUGGCCCGCUCGGCCCAGGCCAGCCCGCUGCUGCGGCGAUCGGUGUGCUUCGGACAGCGCGGGGAGCCGGCUCCGGACAGCUUCCCACAGCUGCCACGUUUGUCACUCCAUCCCGGGGUUCGCCAUGGCCCUGGUGCGGGACACUGAAGCGGCGGCCGGGUCCUCCCGCUGGCUGCCCACGCACGUCCAGGUGACCGUGCUGCGGGCCAGUGGGUUGAGGGGCAAGAGCUCAGGCGCCGGCAGCACCAGCGACGCGUACACGGUAAUCCAGGUGGGCCGAGAGAAGUACAGCACCUCGGUGGUGGAGAAGACGCAAGGCUGCCCGGAAUGGUGCGAAGAGUGUUCGUUCGAGCUGCCGCCCGGCGCCCUGGAUGGCCUGCUGCGGGCGCAGGAGGCAGAUGCGGGCCCUGCGCCCUGGGCCUCGGGCCCCAACGCCGCCUGCGAGCUGGUGCUCACCACCAUGCACCGCUCACUCAUCGGUGUGGACAAGUUUCUGGGCCGGGCCACCGUGGCUCUAGACGAGGUCUUCCGCGCAGGCCGCGCCCAGCACACGCAGUGGUACAAGCUGCACUCCAAGCCGGGCAAGAAGGAAAAGGAGCGUGGUGAGAUCCAGGUGACCAUCCAGUUCACACGAAACAACCUGAGUGCCAGCAUGUUCGACCUAUCCAUGAAGGACAAGCCACGGUCCCCCUUCAGUAAGCUCAAGGACAAAGUGAAGGGCAAGAAGAAGUACGAUCUAGAAUCUGCCUCAGCGAUUCUUCCAAGCAGUGCACUGGAGGACCCUGAGCUAGGCAGCCUGGGCAAGAUGGGCAAAGCCAAAGGUUUCUUUCUUCGCAACAAGCUACGCAAGUCCUCGCUCACACAGUCCAAUACCUCGCUGGGCUCUGAUAGCACCUUGUCCUCCGCUAGUGGCAGCCUGGCCUACCAGGGCCCUGGGGCCGAGCUCCUCACCCGCUCACCAAGUCACAGCAGCUGGCUGUCCUCUGAAGGGGGCAGGGACUCCACACAGUCUCCCAAGCUACUCACCCACAAGAGGACGUACAGCGAUGAGGCCAGCCAACUGCGAGCAGCUCCUCCCCGGGCCCUUCUUGAGCUCCAAGGCCACCUUGAUGGUACCUCCCGCUCUUCCCUCUGUGUCAAUGGGAGCCAUGUGUACAAUGAGGAGCCUCAGCCCCCCUUACGGCACCGCAGCUCCAUCUCAGGCCCUUUUCCACCCUCAAGCUCCCUACACGGUGUCCCACCUCGGUCCUCUGAGGAGCCCCCUCGGUCCUCAGAUGACACUUGGGCCAGGGGCAGCCGAGGCGCCAGCAGCUCAGAGGCAGUGCCUGGACAUGAGGAGCUGAGCAGGCAGGCUGGUGGCUCUGGAGAGGAAGAGGGGACCCGGCCUCCAGAGGGAAAGCCAGUUCAGGUUGCCACACCCAUGGUGGCAUCGUCUGAUGCUGUCGGGGAGAAGGAGCGGAAGCCCAGGAUGGGGCUCUUUCAUCACCACUACCACCACCAGGGGCUGAGCCGGAAUGAGCUGGGGCGACGGGGCUCAGUUGGGGAGAAAGGGAGUCCUUCCCUGGGAGCCUCCCUUCACCACUCAUCCACAGGGGAGGAAAAGGCCAAGAGUAGCUGGUUUGGCCUGAGAGAAUCCAAGGAACCGACUCAGAAGCCCAGCCUGGACGUGUCUCCUCAGGUAGAAUCUGACCCAGCUGCUCCUCACCCCUGCUCCCCCCGGGCUCUGGCCCCCCCUACUCCUGCUCCCGCUGCUGCUCCCAUGCUAAGCACUAACCUUUUUGCAGCCGCCUCCCCCGCUGCUGCCACUGCCGCUGCUGCCACCAUUGUCCCUGAAGCCACCCCAUCUGGAUUCUUGGGGGUCACCAACCCGUUCCUCACCUCCUUGCAGAACAAUCCUUUCUUCGAGGAGAUCAAAGCCAACAUAGCACUAAAUUCUCCUUCACCUGCUCCCUCUCUCCCCAGUGCCUCGAGGGCCAGCCUGGCCCCCCUGGCCUCCCCUGGGAAAGCCCUGCCUGAGUGGGACGACACCUUCAACAUCUUUGCUGCUGGCAGGCUGCAGCCAGAGGCCAGGAGUGAGAUCCUGGCCCCUGCAGGAAUGGGGCUGGAGGAGGAGGGACUGCAAGACCCAGGCCCUGGGACCAUGGCAUCGAGAGCAACAGAGCCCCAGAGAGGAGCUGGGGGAGGAAGAGGUGGAAGCAGCACGUGGCUGGAGUCCAAGGCUCCUGUGGACUCAGGGUUGGACCAGCCACGCUCAAGCAUGUCUGACGCAGGACCCCUUCAGGGGGCUUCCAGGACUGGCCCAUCUUCCAGAGCAGCUCAGCUGCACCUGAAAGCUUCAGCCUCAACACCAGACCGGGAGCUUCCUGCCUUGGAAGGGGGAGCCGGGCAGAGUCCAGCAGAUAGUGGGGCGUCUCUGUUCAGCUCCCCAGAAGUACUCAGUGUGUGGGAGAGACUUCCUGGUUCCGAUGACACCCCUGGGGUCCAGGAUGAGGAGGUGCCCCAAGAUGGAAGCCAACUUUUUCAGGAACUGAACACAGUAGAGGAUUCCUGGCCUUGGGAUGUGAUCACCAUUUCUCCUACAGCAGAGGUCCCUUCAUCUGUCCUGCAGGGAGAAUCGGAUAAGGUGCUUUCUCCCCAGGUGCAGCCUGAAUCACCAGACACUGUGCACCCCAUGGGGAGCGGGGGGAUCCCUGUAUUGCAGCCGGAGCCAAAGCCUGAGCAGGGUUUGGAUGAGGGGCCAUGGCCUGGCCCACCACCUCCCAAGCCACCACGCCUCUUCACACCCUCAAAUUCCCAGGUGGAGGAGGAAGAAGAGGACAAGGACAAAGAGGAAGAAGAGAAUGCUACAGGGAGGCUGAGUAGCAGGGGGCCAGAUAUAGAAGACAUCACCCCAAGUGCAUUGGUUACUGGUCCCCAAGAGUCUAAGGAGAAGGAGGUAAAUCCAAAGUUGGAGGAUUUGUACAGCCUACCAUCUGGGACCCUGAUAGGUGAGCCAGAACUUGAAGAGCUAGUUGGAGAAACUGGAGCUCCUGGGUCUGGGACCACCAGCUGUCUUGAGGGACCCAAGCCCAGAACCCAUAACUCAACUAGCUCAACUCUGCUGAGUCAGAAGGUCUGGGGGACUUCAGAGACAGGUGAGAGCCUUGAAACCCAGAGCCAGGAACUAGCCAAAGAGGGGUUUGGGCCUCUCUCAGUCACCCCUCAGCAGGCUGAUCUGUGGGCCUCAGAGGAGGAGGAGAAGGAGGAGAAGGAGGAGGCCUCAAAUCCCUUCUUAUGUAAAGAGAGCCAAGAUCCCCCCAGCCUACCAUCCACAUCACCACCAGGGUCAAGGGAAUCCUCUAUCCACUCUGGUCCAGAUCAGUUGCCCACACCCCCAGAACCUGCCUUCCCACCUCCCCCUCUCCCACCCUGGGCCAGCCACCGCCAUGGGGUGCCAGGCCCUCCGUGCCCUCCCCUGCCUAUAGCCUGGCCCCUGACCUCUUCUUCCUCACCCCCCGAGGAGUCAGCCUCAUCCCUUGGUCCCCUUGAGCUCUCCCCCACUGGGGGCUCCCCUACACCAUAUGGGGAAGACCACGCUGCAGCCACCCCAGCCUCCCCGCUUGUGCUUCUGCCCUUGGAGACACGACCAGCUGAGGAGCCCCAGCCCAGCGGCAGUCCUCAUCCUGUGAAACCCCUCAGUGCUGCCACCGUGGAGGCUAGCCCCGACAGGAAACAGCCUCGCACCAGCCUGAGCACAGCCCUUAGUAGUGGACUGGAGAGGCUCAAAACGGUCACAUCUGGCAGCAUCCAGUCUAUGGUCCCAGCAUCCCAGCUUGGCUCAACUGUGGACACAAAGAGGUUGAAGGACUCUGCUCUGCUGGACCAGUCAGCCAAGUACUAUCACCUGACUCAUGAUGAGCUCAUUGGCCUGCUCCUGCAGCGUGAGCAUGAGCUGAGCCAGAGGGAUGAGCAUGUGCAGGAGCUGGAGAGCUACAUUGACCGGCUGCUGGUGCGGAUUAUGGAGACCUCGCCCACACUGCUGCAGAUCUCCCCUGGUCCCCCCAAGUAACCCUUCAUUCCAUCCCUGGAGGGUUGGUGAGGACCUGUGUAAUGCUCUCCACUGACUACUCUCACCUGAGUAGGGCCCAGCCUGCUCUCAUGGUCACUCUCUGCUCUCCUCCCCAUCCUGCCUCUGCUGGAAGGGGGCCCUUUGAACUCCCUCGGGAGCCCUGGGUCUUUCCUACCUGCCCAUUUCACACUCGUAGUUUUGGGGUCCCUCAGAGAAUUGUAACAAGGAUGUUAGCGGUCAGAUGGAGCAGGAGUGAGCUGUGGUUUCUGGGGUGAGCUGUGGGAUUGAUUGACAUCUGUUGACAUCACAGACGUAAUCACCCAUGAGGUUGGUCAGUUGUUUCUUCUCUUGGCUGACUCUCCAUCUUCAUUUCCCUCCAGCACUUGGGGGGCCUCCUCGUAUUGACUGGGACGGGCAUGGGCACCAAGCUGCUUGCUUGUCUGUGCACAUUAGACAACCAGGGCAUCUACACCUCAACCUGGUACCUGUUCCCUAAGAGCAGGGAGCCUGUUUGUUUUAGUCUCACCUCUCUUUCUGUCCAGGGCUGUGUGUGCAGCAUGUGUAUGUGGGAAUGGUGGUGGUAUGUCUGUGUGUUCUUCAGCAGCUCCUUGGCUCUCUUCAGACCCUCCACUCUAUGCUCCACUAGUGAUAGGACUUGGGGCUGGGCCCGGAGAGAAUGACUCCUUGCUCCUCGGUCCUCCCUACCCUUCUACCCUGAGGCCCUCCAGGUUGGGGCUUUUGGCCGCUCAUGUUUUGUGGACCAGACCUCCGUGUCUACUGUUAGCUCUUCUCCAGAUGCCAAAACUGUGCUGCUGUGGGGUCACAACUUUUGGAAACCAAUUAAAAUGUGCCUUUUGUGGGUGAGGACAAGAGCCUCUGGGUGUGGACCUCUCUCUGGCCAUGGCAUCCCCUCCCUCCUGUUGAGUACAUGAAAAUGGCUGUUAGGGUCCUGAAAGGGGACUGUGGACCAGGCUUUCUGCUUCUCUGAGAAGUACCUCAGCUAAGGCUCUGCCAACCUGCUGCCACUUCCCAAGCCUUCCCCCCACUUCCCGCUCCUCCCUUGACCUUUAUUUGGAGCAUCCUGGGAUAAAAAUCAAUCGCAUAAUCAGCCUGGGGCUAUUCUGCACAUCAUUAUGUUUGGCCUUGGGUCCAGCUGUGCUGGACCAGUGGGCUUGUCUGGAAGUAGGAGGCUUCACUUGCCCUAGGAGACACUUGUACUUAGGAAAAGGUCCUGUGGCUCUUCAGCUGUUUUGUAAGCUGCCAUGCAGCCUCUCUGCUCAACCACCCCUCCUGCCUUGCUGGUUUGGCUGAAGUGCAUUUUGAAGCUAAGUAUCUUCCCUGUGGUCCAGCUUCUAGUUUGCUUAUGAAUACAGCAGGUCUCCCCAUGGCAUCUAUGGUGAGGUCCUUGGUGGCUGUGCAUUAGCAAAAGGUAUAUGUGAAGGAGGAGAAAUGCUGGGGAAAAAAGAUGCCUUUGGCCCAGCAGUGAGGCAACAGUUUUCUUCCCAGCUGUCUGUUAAUGACAGGGUCACGGGUCAUGGGUUCAGUCAGAACACCUCAGGAGAAUAUGCUCUGUGGGUGAUGUCAGUCUUCUGCCAACGCAGAGUAGAGGAACCCCACAGUGUGGUCCCUCACAGUGUAGUUACCAACUCUAGGUCAACUCAGAGAUGAGGAAAGUAGCCACCAGUUCCCAAAAUUGGGGGGUGUCUCUUGAGGAAGUUAGUCCCUCUGGGCUUUAAUUAGUCCCAGCCCUUUCCUCAUCUUGCACUCAUUCCUGCUGUUUGGCCUCCCUGUGUGGCCAGAGCAGGGUGUCUUCCGGAGAGGUUCUGCUUGUGUCUGCUCCUUAUCAAACACUGCAGAGUGCAGAUGGGCAGGCAUGAGCAGGCACAGCUCUGCUCUGCCAUUUGUCUUCCUAGUUGAAACUCCUGUCUAUAAAGAGCUUGUUCUUCAUGUUUCGAGCACUGUAUGAAGAAUAAAAAGUUCGUGUACUGCA